AUGGGCAUGCAUGGACCCCCGGGACCACCAGGGGUAUUCAUCUCCCCAGGUCAACAUUUCACUGUCUUUAUGAUAUAUCAUCUAUCCUCUCCCCUAUUUACCCAAUGUUCUAUCUUUUCUGGUCCUGUGUCCCAAUUGUCCUACCUUCCACCACUUCCUUAUACCAGCCUCUUCCUUUUAAAUCCAUGAAGGGAAGUAAACACGAGCCAUUUUGGGCCCCAGGGUCAGUCUUCUGUCCCCUGUCUUCCUAUCCGUUUACUCCCUGUCCUACUAUAGUAGACCAUGUUCAUAUUGUACACAAUAAGAGCACAGCUUCGCCUUUCUGAUUUUUGCAUAUUUUUUAUACUGAAUGUUAUAAGAUCUUCAAACAAAACCUAAUAUUAGAUAAAGGGAACCUGAGUUUACAAAUAACCCCCAAAAAUGGAUACUUAUUUUAUUUCAAAUCAAAUUUUAUUUGCCACAUGCGCCGAAUACAACAGGUGUAGACAUUACCGUGAAAUGCUUACUUACAGCCCUUAACCAACAAUGCAUGUAUUUCUUAAUAAAAAGUUAAAUAAAACAACAACAACAAAAAAGUGUUGAGAAAAAAAAAGAGCAGCAGUAAAAUAAAAUAACAGUAGGGAGGCUAUAUACAGGGGGGGUAUAUAUUUAUUUAAUUGCAGCUCACGGUGGCACAACCAGUCACUGAGUGUAAGGGGCCAAUUACUUUUUCACACAGGGGCAUUGGGUGUUGCAUAACUUUGUUUAUGAAAUAAAUAUGUAAUUGUUGUGUUAUUUGUUCACUCAGGAUCCCUUUAUCUACUAUUAGGUUUUAGUUGAAGAUAAAAUAUGCAAAAGUAGAGAAAAGUAUAAAGGGGGCAAAUUAUUUUGAUGGCACUGUAUUACUACCUGUAAGCUCAGCUAGCAUGCACCACUCACCCCUCACCCCUCACCCCUCACCCCUGACCCCUGACCCCUCAUCUAUCCUUUUCAUUGUCCAGGUCUAGAUUACCCAGAUCUCCCUGGUCCUAAGGGCUUUAAGGGGGAGCCAGGCAGCUACUACACUCUACAACUAAUAGCAGGACUACCAGGGGAAAGAGGGCGUCCCGGAGCCAAGGGAUUCAGAGGCCCCCCAGGCCGUCCAGGUAUGGACCACACAAUACCAGACUGUAUGGAGUCCACAAGCUCUCUCCAGCCACUGUCCAUGAUUUUAGAAUUUUAUUAGGAUCCUCAUUUAGCUGUUGCAAAAGCAGCAGCUACUCUUCCUGGGGUCCACACAAAACAUGAAACAUGACAUAACACAGAACAUUAAUAGACAAGGACAGAACUACAUACAUUUUGAAGAUCUGAUAUGCCCUUUUCAUACACGUGUUUAUUCCCUUUAGUCAUUGAAGUGGUACACAUUUGAACUUAAAAAUGAUGCACGUUCUAGCGUAAAUACAAGGUGUGCUGUUAACUGUUACUGAAAUGGUGUACCUUUUCCCUUCAAUUGUGUGCACCCCCUUGUGGCCUAACAUCAUCGUUACGCGUCAACAUGGUGUAUAUUUACUGGAAUUCUCUUAGGAUUUGGAGGUAAGCUUGGUAUCAUUGUAUAUUGAUUGUUAAACUGUCAACCUAUUUCAAAUACUGCUUAGGCUUGCGUCUCAAAUGGCAUCCUAUUCAUCCAUCUAGUGCACUACUUUUGAGCGGGGCCCAGAGGGCAGUGCGCUAUGUAGGUAAUAGAGAUGCAGACUAGAUGUUGGACUGACAUGUGCAAAGUUUCAGGUUGUUAGUCCGUUUUCUAAUGGCAACGUCACUGAUAUAACGAACUGAUGAUCAGCGGAGUUAUGUUAUGUUAUGUUUUAAUGAGAUUUUCUUUUUUUUGUGGUGGGGGGUGUUGCCAAUCAUGUCCUGUAGGUAUUUCUUGUGUUCCUGGUGAGCCGGGUGUGCGAGGAGACGGCGGCGAUACCGGAUAUCCUGGAUUAGAAGGAUACAAAGGAGAAAAAGGUGAGUGACCCGUUGGUUGUUUCUUCGGUGUGUUUGUGUGAUUACACUAACCAUGUCUGCGUCUGUCCUUCAGGCUACAACGGUGAGUGUGAGUGUGUGCACGAGAAUGGUCACAGUGGGAUCCCAGGUCCUCCGGGCCCCCAUGGACCCCCGGGGUACGACGGGCUGCCGGGGCACAGCGGAGAGAAAGGAGACCAUGGAUAUAAUGGGGACCCUGGCCCACAAGGAUCACACGUAAGGCUAGCCCAUAUUGUAGAACUUCUAAACCCUUUAUAAACCUUAGUGCAAAGUGUAAUGGCGAAUCCCUAUGAGACGCCACUGGAACAGGUUGAGAGUAGUUCAUGACGUGUCCACAGAAUCGGCUUUCCAAACGUGGAUAUUUAUUUGGGUGAUGUUCCUAUUUAUUGCAUAUAAAAUGAUACAUAGUUCCAGUACAUAAUAUAAACGGUGCAGAGGAGUAAUCUAUGAGCAUGUUCCUGUGGGAUGGUAAGAACUGUAUGCUGUCUCCUCUCACCUGUGCUACCUAAAUGCCUGUGACCAGUGACCCAUGACCCCAAGUGAGAGUGCCCCUAGUGUACAAAAAAACAAGAUUUAAACAUCCCUAGACAGACGACUUAUACACAACACGUUAAAAGACACAUAAUCACGCCAAAGUGUAACCCAGAUGUCUCGUACACAAAGUGUAACCCAGAUGUCUCGUACACAAAGUGUAACCCAGAUGUCUCGUACACAAAGUCUAACCCAGAUGUCUCGUACACAAAGUCUAACCCAGAUGUCUCGUACACAAAGUCUAACCCAGAUGUCUCGUACACAAAGUCUAACCCAGAUGUCUCGUACACAAAGUCUAACCCAGAUGUCUCGUACACAAAGUUAACCCAGAUGUCUCGUACACAAAGUCUAACCCAGAUGUCUCGUACACAAAGUGUAACCCAGAUGUCUCGUACACAAAGUCUAACCCAGAUGUCUCGUACACAAAGUGUAACCCAGAUGUCUCGUACACAAAGUGUAACCCAGAUGUCUCGUACACAUGCUGUGUUGGUGGUGGUUUUGCAUUGUAUGGUUGAGUUGAAUAUUCAUGAACUUUAAAGCUGUAAUCUGUAACUUUCAAACCCAGGCAAAAAUGCUCCCCCUGCACUUGUUUGUAAACUGAGCGUGUGGUUCUUGGUGAAUGGAACCAUUUGGGAAGAUAAAAUAAACAAUUGCACCUUUUAGGUUGUCUGGACUGUAGGGAAACCCAGGCAGGUUACAGUGAUAUUGUCUGGACAUGCUUUCCCCUGUAGGGAAACCCAUGCAGGUUACAGUGAUGUUGUCUGGACAUGCUUUCCCCUGUAGGGAAACCCAGGCAGGUCUGGUUACAGUCAUAUUGUCUGGACAUGCUUUCCCCUGUAGGGAAACCCAGGCAGGUUACAGUGAUGUUGUCUGGACAUGCUUUCCCCUGUAGGGAAACCCAGGCAGGUUACAGUGAUGUUGUCUGGACAUGCUUUCCCCUGUAGGGAAACCCAGGCAGGUUAUAGUGAUGUUGUCUGGACAUGUUUUCCCCUGUAGGGAAACCCAGGCAGGUUACAGUGAUGUUGUCUGGACAUGCUUUCCCCUGUAGGGAAACCCAGGCAGGUUACAGUGAUGUUGUCUGGACAUGCUUUCCCCUGUAGGGAAACCCAGGCAGGUUACAGUGAUGUUGUCUGGACAUGCUUUCCCCUGUAGGGAAACCCAGGCAGGUUACAGUGAUGUUGUCUGGACAUGCUUUCCCCUGUAGGGAAACCCAGGCAGGUUACAGUGAUGUUGUCUGGACAUGCUUUCCCCUGUAGGGAAACCCAGGCAGGUUACAGUGAUGUUGUCUGGACAUGCUUUCCCCUGUAGGGAAACCCAGGCAGGCCUGGUUACAGUCAUAUUGUCUGGACAUGCUUUCCCCUGUAGGGAAACCCAGGCAGGCCUGGUUACAGUGGAGCGAAGGGACAGAAGGGCGUGACCUACUAUAACGGUGAGUGGAAGAUGUGGUCCAGAUUAGACUGGGUAACGUAAGAAAAUCUCUUACGCCUCGAUCAGACCGACAGCAUCAUUGCGUUUUGAUACACCAGAAGUACAUUAAUUUCCAAUGGAACGUUCUGGGUGGUGCAUACAUUGGAUUUAUCCAAGUAUGCAUCAAACUGUAUGUGUAGACUUGACAGAAUGGUAGCAGAAGGUGAAUGUUGAACCUUACUUACACACAUAGCCAGUAAACAUGUUGGAUUACAUAAUGAUGGAAGUCUGACUGCAGAAUUUAUUAAGCAGCAUUAAUGCAAUGACGCUGUCGGUCUGAUCGAGUCGUUACGAGUCACUACAGACAAUAUAUGCUACUCAGCAGACACUUUUAUCCAAAGUGAUUUACAGGACAGUGAGUGCAUACAUGUUAUUCAGUAUGUGUAUGUGAUCCCUGUGGGAAUUGAACCCACAACCUUGUACCAUACUUACCAACUGAGCCAUAGAGGAAAACAUAUGUCAGUGCUGUCUAUUGAACCCAUGCUGGUUUGAAAUGGCGUUGUCAAAUUACAUUAAAUGUAAAAUGCACUUUAAAGGACCUAUCAACCCUUCAACCCCCUUCAUAACACACUGCCUUAGCAUUUUGGGAACAUUAAGCACAUUUUGGUGUGAUACAUUGACAUUACAUAACUUGUUGUUUGGGUCAUUUAAUUGACAGGUGCGAAGGGUGACCCUGGCUUCAAUGGCCCCAACGGGCCCUUGGGGGCCACCGGUCAGCCAGGACCCGAUGGCUUCCCUGGCGCUGUGGGAGACCCUGGACCCCCGGUGAGUUAGUGGGUCAGUCUGCCAGAGGAACAUUAUUCCUCCCAGGGUCAUUUUGAUUUGAAAUGUGGGGGGACAUUAGGAUAAUUUCCUACAUUUCUACACUAUCACAUUGGGCUAUAAUAUUGGCGUAACAGUCAGUUCCCACUGGGCACAGACGUCUAUUCCACGUUGGUUCAAUGUAAUUUCAUUGAAAUGACUUGGAAACAACGUUGAUUCAACCAGUGUGUUCCCAGCGGGUUAGUGCAUCUGCAGUCUGUCUGUAUUGUCAGUGUAUGAUUUCUGCUCCGGGCUUCCACUAGGUACAGAUCUAGGAUCAGCUUGCCCUCCCCAAGUCCCAACCUGAAUCAUUAGUGGGGAAACACAAAACUGACCUUAGAUCAGCCUUUAGGGGCAACUUCGCCCUCUUCAUGUGACGCCUUGCCAUCCGUCAGGGUGACGGUUACAGUGGAUCGGUAGGUGACAAAGGCUACCCAGGGCUCCAUGGUCCUGAAGGCCCCCCAGGCAGACCGGGCCCCCCAGGCCCUGGUGCUCCAGGUCGUCAUGGCCACCAAGGGCCCCCAGGAGACGCGGGCCUCCCAGGUCCCCCUGGACAAACUGGACAACCUGGACCUCCAGGUAGGACCGAUAGAGAGUGAAACGCCUGAAUGAAAACCUCCUCAGUGGUAAUGGUCUUAGGUUAACAUUGUCAUUUUAAUAUUUACUGAAGCAAAAAUGCAUACUGUCUAUCUAUCGCAUAUCUAUCUAUCGCAUAUCUCUAUGCGUUUAAUCAUGCCAAAUCAAGUGUCACUUUCUUUGCAUCACCAGGCGAUGUUCUGCCCUGUGUCCCUUCCAACCCUGGCCUACCUGGCUUCAAGGGUCUACCUGGGCCCCCAGGUAAGCAACUACAUACUGACACUGUUAAAGAUUGUGUGUGUGUGUGUUUUUAGGCUGACUUCACAUGCUUUGGGAGUCUGAAAUAUGAGUAAUAGGUGAUAGAUUGAUUGACAGGUGAUAGAUUGAUUGCCACUGACUGAUCAACCUGUUCUGAUUGGCCCUCCCCAGGGAAUCCCGGGCCAUCAGGACCACCUGGUUUUCCAGGUACCGCAGGUUCCCUUGGACCUAAAGGCAUGA